UUGCUAAUUAACAGCUUCAUAUCUCUCUCUCUCUCUCUUCUCCUUCAUCAUCAUAAACCUUCAUAUCAGCAUUUUUCUUAGGAAGAAGAUGAUUUUUCUUCACGAACCGGUUGUAGAAAAAACUCAGACAGAGGAACAUGGAAUGAUGUUAUUAACAGAUGAUGAUCAAGAUGAAGAUGAUGAAGAAGAUACGCUUUCAUUUUGUGAAUUCUCAAUCAACAGCGACUCAGACUCGUGGGUAAAUUCUUCUUCUUCUUCUUCAUCCCAGAACUCAAGCUUCAAAUCAUCCAAUGAGGAAGAAGAAGAAGACUCUUUUGAGUUCUUCAGCCAUGAAUUGGGCAUAAAGGGCGGAAGUUGUUUACCACCAUCAUCCAAUUAUCCACCUCCAGAAAACAUCAUUUUCUGCGGCAAACUCAUUUCUUACAAACAGCCCACCUCGGAAAACACUGAUCCAAAUGUCGAAAACAUCAAAUUGAGAAAGCACAGAAGAAACAAUAAAAGAGGCAUUCUUAGAUGGAAAUGGAAGAAUUUCUCUUCACCCCACAACAUAAAAACCCCAUCCAAAUCCGUUGGACUCGAUCAAAAGAAGGAGUACUCAUCAUCACAAGUUGUUCCGGGCAGUUAUAAAUCAUUGACCGCAAAAACAGAGUCCGCAUCAGAACAGAGAAGCAUUGCAAGAAACAACCAAGAGAAAGACAAAAUGCCAUUGUUCACUGUAUCGACACCAUCAAAAUGGUAUUUACUUUUCUUCGGAGUAACAAAAUACAAUCCCAAAAUGGAUCUGAGGGAAUUGAGAUUCAGGCAAAGUCGCAGUGGAAGCAGCUCAUCAUUACACAAGGAACAGAGUGCUCCAGCUUGCAUAAACAGAAGUAAUGGAUUCUGGGCAGUGCUCAGAGCAUUGAGUUGCGGUAAUGCUGGCACCGGCGCCGCCGCCAUUGUCAGACCUUCAAACAUGGCAGCAGCCGGCGGAUGCAUCCCUUCAAUAAAUGUGAAACACUGACUUUUUCUUCUUUUUGAGAGCUUAGGUUGAUGAAUGAUGUUACUAGCAUUUGGACUAAUGCCAGUUUCUUAGUUCAACCUUCAAACUUUCUAGUCAAGGCCUAAGUAAUGCAAUUUGUCAUUCAUCUGGCGAAUAUUAGUGGUCUAGAAAAAUAUAGAACUUUAUGUUAGGUAGUGAUUGAUUUUGUAGCCACGAAUCACCAGUAGUUAAAAUUUUUGGCACCAUUUUUGUGUUUGGUGACAAAAGCAAUUUUUAAGCGUAUUGUUUUGAGCCUAACCAUAGCAAUGAGCACAAUGUCAAACCAGAGGUACAGAAAAUUUCCUUUUCGGUCUUAAAAGGUUUCCUAAAUUUGCCUAAUGUACUGUUUUUCCGGGUCUGAUGAUAUAAUUCAUGAAUGAAGAAGUA